AUGGAUGCACACGCCAUUUGUACGGAGACUGGCUGCUUGGCUGCUGACUGUCCGCACUGCAAACGACGACGCUCGCGCUACACACCACGAUCAACCAGCGCAAAGGCAGCUCAACGGCCAGUAGUCAAGCUCAAACUAUGGCCAAGCAAGAAAGAGUUGAUGCAUCAACCUAAUGCUGCCACAGAGCAUAGUAUAGACUGGACAAAGCUGCAAGAGAGCCCAUCUGGGUACGCACAAGCUAGAUUGCAAGACUUGACGACACCAGCACGUUACAGCAUUCGACGUAUUCAGACAGGCGAUAAUAGACGAUACUGGCGAAAUUCUUAUCGUCGAGUAUACAAGCUGCCGCUCUACUCAACUGCGCUGUUGAAGCAUUCACCACCGAUGUCUGCAGCCUUUGCUUCAACUCAAAUCCAACCGCAACUCUCAUCGCGAUCACUGCACGACAGGCUGACAACAAGCUUCUACAUCCUACUCGUGCGUCUCUAUGCAUUGCUUUUGACUGCUGUGGAACGAGCAAGAACAUUAGGCAUCGGGCGCAUCUUGUCGGGUGUCGACUUUCGUGGCAUUCGGCAAGUCAAGACACCAGUCGACCUCGAUCUCGAAGCGCAAUGA